CUCACCUCUGCACCUCUCCCACCAGGUACCGCUAGGCUGCCAAUUCCAGCUCCCGCUUUAUCCUUCCUCCUCUCUUUCUGCCCAACCAGGUCUUUAAGGAUGCGUCCCGUCCGAGGACAGCUCCCUUCAUCAACGCAGGAGAGAAACUGCUCGGGAGUGACCUGGGCUCUGUCUUCCUCAGAAGCCCCCUUGUCCACGUAUCUGGCUGCCUAUCUCUCCUGGCGGGUGUCCAGUUCCUCCUCCACAGGCCUUUCAGCAGCUCCCCUGACCACCAACUCCUCGCCCUCCGGUACCUGCGUUUCUAAAAGGUGCGGGACUAGACCGAGUUCUAAAAGUUGGUGCGCGCAGCCACCUGCACUGAUGCCCUGGCCCUCCCCGCAACAAACACAGCACCAGGCGCGGGGAUCUAUCCUGGGACAACAAAACUUGACCGUCUGCCUUCUCCAAGGCAGCUCCGUCCCCAGGACACCGUACCCCAGGGUGUCCCGCGCGGUCUGCAUCACAGGCGAGGAAUGAGCCCCAGGAGGAUGCACUGGCGCGGACAGCCGCGGUGAUGGCGCGGCUGGGAAGACACGGUGUGCCCCACCUAACCUCAAACUCUGAGUCCAUAUCCCUUCUCCCCCCACCACUCACCCUGCCAUCCCCUGGAGAACCAGGAGCCACUAUUCUUGGCUCGGAGGCGGGGGCAGGAGCCGGGCACCGGGAAGCCAGGGCGGCGCACCGUUCGCCUCCCAGACAUUCCGGAGCCCCCUUGCCGGCCACAGUUACGCUUCACGUCGCGUCUGGAGGACUAGGCGGCGACGAGCAUCCCUAUUCCCUCUCUCCAGGGCCAGAGUAUUUAGAAAUGAUGGAAUUAGAUAUAGGAGAUGCCAGCCAAGUUUACAUAGCAUUCUUGGUUUACCUGGACCUCAUGGAGAGUAAAAGUUGGCAUGAAGUAAAUUGUGUGGGCUUACCAGAUCUGCAGCUCAUCUGCCUUGUCGGUACUGAGAUAGAAGGAGAAGGAUUACAGACUGUGGUGCCUACACCCAUCAGUGCUUCCCUCAGCCAUAACAGGAUAAGGGAGAUCUUGAAGGCAUCUCGAAAAUUGCAAGGUGAUCCAGAUUUGCCAAUGUCUUUUACUUUGGCCAUAGUGGAGUCCGAUUCCACAAUAGUCUAUUAUAAACUUACUGAUGGAUUUAUGCUGCCAGACCCUCAGAAUAUUUCCCUUAGAAGAUGACACCUAUUCUUCCUGAUGCUUACUUUGGGAUUGGAUUUGAGAUCCGUCAACCUGAUUCAUCCUUUAUCUCAGAGAUAGUUAGGGUUGACUUAGUUGGUCCCAUUCCAUAAGUUUUUCUUUUUGAGGAAUAAAGCUUUCCCAGAUAGAAGAAUUUUUUGUUGUUCCUAGGUAUAGGAUAGUUGCUCUAGAACUUUCUUAUCUGGAGACAGUUUAAUUAUAGUUAUAUACAAAUUUAUGCUUAGGAUGUGUUCAGAGGGGUAGAACACGUGUUUCUUCUGUCUCCCCCACUCAUAGCUGCCUCACUGUUCAUUGCCGCCACUGCUUACACAUUGUUGAGACUGUCACCUUUUUCUUAUUCAACGCACUUAGUGCCUUUUGGCCACUACAGCUAGCCUGGAAUGGCAUUUCAUGGACACCUUGACAUCUGGAGAGUUUGCUCAGUUUACUUUUAAAUCCCCAAGUUUUCUUCCAGUUGGUUUUUAUGUGGCAAUUACUGUUGACUUUAUACCAAAAGUAAAAAUAUGCUCAUUCCAACCGUAAAAGUACAUGUACAUGUGGAUUAAUAGGGACCAGAGAAGUGCCACCUAUGAAAGUACGGGGCCUUGCUUUCCAUUCUUAUUACCACUGCCAUUAUUGUAUCCUGGCUAGAAUGUUAGAGAGAUGGUGAGGGACAGUGCCAGCCCUAGAAACAUCUUUGUUAAGUAGACCCAGUUAUUCCACUUUUGUUUAAUACCUCCCAAUUAUGUUGCCUAGAGUAUACAAAAUUAUAUGCACAAAGAUAUUCUAAGCGGUAUUAGUUGUAAUAACCCAAAUUGUAAACCACUUAAAAGUUUAAGGCAGCGGUCAGCAAACUUUUACUGUAAAUGGCCAGAAGGGAAAUAUUUUAGGCUUUGCAAACCAUAUAGUCUCUCUUAAAACUUCUCAAAUGUGCUCUUUGUAGUACGAAAAUAACCAUAGACAGUAUGUAAGUAAGUGGGCAUGGCUGUGUUCCAAUAAAACUUUAUUUACAAAUGUAGAGCCAUAGUUUGCCAACCUCUGGUAUAGGGAAAUAGUCAUUAAACAGAUACAGAUAGCCAAUGUACCCAAUGAAUGGUACGUUAUGUACUCAUUAAACAUUAGUAAUGAAUAUAAUGAAAAACAUGAGAAAAUAUAUAAUUAAUGAAACAAGAUAUUGAAGUGUAUGAAUGGGUAGGACCAUGGAUGUAAAUAACACACCAAGCAUAUAAAGAAAGGGUGACAAAUUACUAACUGCACUUACAGUAGGGUGACAGAGCAAUAAAUGGAUGACUUUGUCUUCUGUUUUUCUUGUAUCACUUUUAUAAUAACAAUGUUUUAAAAUAAAAUAUCUUGAGAUCAA